AUGGAGAAAAGAAAAUUUGAGGAGGAGGCUUAUGGUGGGGAAGCACAUGCACAAGAGGUUGAAUCGCCUAACCCUAUACAAGCUGCUGUUCCUACAACAACGAGAGAUAAAGGAAAGAGAAGAGCUGCUAAGUUGGGACUUGCCAAAUGGAUUGUUGAUGCACGUAUUCCUUUCAAUGCAAUUCAAUCACCUUACUUUCAACCUGCAUUGGAUAGUGUUGCUGCAAUUAGACCUGGUUUUAAGGGACCGUCAUAUGAUGAAAUGAGAGUUCAUUUACUGGCUGAUCUUAAGAGAGAAUGUCAGUUGCUGGUUGAAAAGUAUAGGAGCUCAUGGAAAAGCACGGGUUGUACACUGAUGGCAGAUGGGUGGACUGAUCAAAGGCAACGAACUUUAAUUAACUUUCUAGUUUAUUGUCCUGCUGGUAUGUCAUUUGUUAAGACUGUUGAUGCUUCUGAUGUGAUAAAAACUGCCAAUGCAUUGUUUAAUUUGUUUGCUGAUGUUAUUGAGUGGGUUGGGCCUAGUAACAUUGUGCAUGUGGUCACUGAUAAUGCUACUAAUUAUGUAUCUGCUGGAAAACUUAUUCAUGAAAAAUACCCAAAUAUAUUUUGGUCUCCCUGUGCUGCCCAUUGUAUCAAUCUUAUAUUGAAAGAUAUUGCAAGUAUUCCUCAUAUAUCUGACCUCGCUUCCCGUGCUUCAAAAGUGACUGUGUUUGUCUACAAUCAUAUGAUCUUAUUGUCUUGGCUUAGAAAAAGAAAAAGUUGGACAAAAAUUGUUCGACCAGGAGUCACACGUUUUGCCACUGUUUUCAUUACUUUGAAAAGUAUAUAUGAUCACAAGGUAGAUUUGCAGACAUUGAUGGUAGACCAAUAUUUUACUUCUCAUAAGUUAUCCAAAAGUGCUAAUGGAAAGAUGGUUAGAUCAAUUGUCUUGGACAGUAAGUUUUGGCAAGACUGUCUUACCAUUGUGAAAAUUGUUAGUCCUCUUAUUAAGUUAUUGAGACUUGUUGAUGCUGAUGAAAAACCCUCUUUGGGAAUCGUGUAUGAAGGCAUGCAAAGAGCAAAAAAGGCUAUCAAGACCAUGUUCAGAAAUCGGAAAGCUGCUUAUACGCCAUACACAAGUAUCUUGAAAAUGAGGUGGGAUAAACAUUUGAAGCGUGAUCUCCAUGCGGCAGUGUACUUUUUAAAUCCAGGCAUUUUCUACAGUGAGGGUUUUGUUGAGAAGGCAAAUGUUUUGAGAUCUUUACUUGAUUUGCUUGAUGUUGAAACACUUUGUGAUGACUCAGUGGCUGCAAUGCAAGAGAUACAGCUGUAUCGAGAUUGUAAAGAAAGUUUUGGGAGGGAAAGUGCUAAGAGAGCGGCAUCAAGACUCGAACCUGGUGAAUGGUGGAGGCUACACGGUGGGAGUGCUCCUAAUUUGCAAAAAAUGGCAGUUCGUCUUCUUCAUCAAACCUCUUCUUCAUCUGGAUGUGAGAGGAACUGGAGUCUUUUUGAACAAAUCCAUUCAAAGAGGAGGAACCGAUUAGAGCAUCAAAGGUUAAGUGACAUUGUUUAUGUCACUUAUAACCUACGCCUUCAAUCUAGGUUGCAUCGAAAGAAGAGGAAUUAUGACCCAAUUGAUAUUCAAAGCAUUGACACAGUAGAUUUUUGGGUAAUGGCAGAUGAGGAUGAUCCUGAAUUUACUAAUGGAGAUGUUGAAGGCAUUGAAAGUUUAAUAUACACUGAUAAUGCUAUGCCUUCGUAUCCUAAUGAUGGUGGAGACAUGGAAGUUGAAGUGGAUAUGCCUGAUGUUGUAAUUGAAUCCUCAAAUACUUCUUUUGAUGGUAUUUCUGAAGAUGCUGGCUUUGGAUUACCUGUUUAUGAUGGAGACAUCGGAACACUUAAUGAUGAUUAUGACUUCUGA